AUGGAAGCAAAUACGCGGCAAGAAGCCUUUUUGAAGCUUCGUCCUCCCUGUGUUGAGCUAAGCUCUGUUGCAUUAAAAUUCAGGGGAAAUCUUGCGCAACCGCGAGAUGUUCUCAAAGCACUGGAGGCAGUCUAUCGCAUUCUUGAGGAGCUUGGCAGCAAGGAAUGGCUAGACGAAAAGCUUGCGGAAUACACUUUUUUUCCGCUCUCCCAUAUAUUCAACCAGACCCAACGACUCUCUAUCAGAUGCGUUGAGCUAGCAUUAAGAUGCUUACAUAUAUUGAUCGAAAAAGGAUGGCGCCAGAGAUUAUCGAGUGCCAUGGGCAAGCAGCUGAUGAUCUUGAUGACCAUACUUGCCGGCGGGCCUCCUUCUCAGAAUCACAGCCAGACUCCAGGUGAUGUCCGAUCAGAGGAGCUAAUCACUGCAGCCUUUGAUUGUAUUAGGUCACUUGCUAGCAUGCUGCAGGAUCGAGAGGCAGCAUUGACAAUAUUUAAUGAGAUUGGCACUGCCACUAUUGUAGAUCAAGCAGUCUAUGUUUUACUGGAAGGAAUUCUAGAUGGGCCAUCUGACACAGUUCAGAUGUCAGCUGCGCAAGCUUUACAAGCUCUCAACUGCCGAGUUACGGAUCGCGUUGUUUUGGCUAGCUUGCUUCCCAGAACCGUUUCAACAUUGACAAAGACAUUGCGCCCGACAACCCAGCUUCGCAGGUCGUUUAAGCUACUCAGCUGCUGUUUAAAUAUUUUAACUCAUGUUCUCCAUGCAGUUCUUAACAACGAUGCUGUUUCAUCUAUCCAAUCUUUAGAACAUGAUCGAAAAACUCAUCCUGCUGACGGCGCCAUCGUUCUCGACGGCUCUUGGCUGAAAGCCACGGCAUCUCAGAUUAAACUGGCACUUGCUAACAUUAUUCCCUUGAGGUCCCACGAGAAACUGGAUGUUCGCCGAGCUCUGCUUGAAUUAUGCCUUGUAGUAAUUGAAAAAUGCUCCAUUUCUCUAGAAGACACGCUGCCUAUGAUGAUAGAAACCGUGGUUUCACUGGCAGGACAUGAAGAUGGUCAUGAUGCUCUAAGUGCUCUGGGACAAUUAGUUCUUUCUUCCGAUAAUGUUUUGAGGAAUCUCAAAUCAAGUCUCCACGAUUGGGUUAUAGCUUUGCCUAGAGUCAUGGGAUCGAACGCUGAUGCGCCAAAACAAAUAGCCAUCAAACACAUAUCUACUGCUUUCCAAGUUCUUGCAGAAUCAGGGAAAAAUUCUGAACUUUUGGACGAGACAAUGACCUCUAGUCUAUGCGAAAGUAUUUCGGCUGCCGCUCAGUUCUCCUCUAAAGCACCCCAACCCCUGCCGUCAACUCCCAGUGCGAGUUUUGAAAUGAUCCUGCGAGAUAUACCAGGCUCAGGCUCGUUUCAGUCUAUUCUUGUUGACCAUCGAAGCCAGAAAGGCACGUUUGGGGAGCUACACUGUCUCAUCGAGAAGCUUUCCCAAACAGAUACUUCAUUAACACUGGUUAGGUCCAUUAUGGAUAGACUUUAUGGAUCAUCUGGCAACUCAGCAGUUGCGCCGUUUUGGCUUGCACUAUCGCUGUUGAAAUAUAGGCAAGCCGACACAGAGUUAUUCGAGGAUAUUCUUGACAUCUGUACCUCAAAUAUUUCUGUUUCUCGGUCUACAUUCAUUGAAGAGCUGUAUUCCAUCUCUCUACCCUUGCUCAUGAAUAUUUCUACUGCCAACCCAGAGGAGUGGCGGAUUCUGGCUCUCGCUCUUGAAGCUGUUGCCUUGCAAGCGGCGCAGCUAGGCGAAAACUUUCGCCUGGAGCUGAUAGACACACUAUACCCCGUGCUGGAAUUGAUGGGUUCAAGUAACUCGCAACUCCAGGAUCAUGCCAUGACCUGUCUUACUCUGAUGACGUGUGCAUGUGGGUAUUCAGAUACAAGCACAAUGCUCAUUGAAAAUGUUGAUUACCUUAUCAAUUCUGUUGCGAUGAAAUUCAAUACCUUUGAUAUUUCACCUCAAGCGCCUCAAGUGCUACUCAUGCUGAUUAAACUUUGCGGCGCGCGCUUGAUACCUUACCUGGAUGACUUAAUUGGAUCGAUAUUCUCCGUUCUGGAUGCAUAUCAUGGUUAUCCAAAGCUCGUUGAGCUUCUUUUUGGAGUACUUGGAAGCAUAGUUGACGAAAGUGCGAAAGCACCAAGCACUCUCUCUAUCUGCGGUGCAGAGACCAGGCCGACUUCACACCGAAAACAGCAGCAUACCGCCACCACCAUCUCUGAGAUUGCAACUGAGUUUAAAAAACGACGAGAAAGACGCCUUCAGCAUGAUUCUGAGGAGGAACAACGACGCGAGCCAAUAGAACCUCAUCCAAAAGAGCCUUGGAAGAAGUCUCCCGUUGGUGAUGACGAGCUACAUGAACAUAAUGAAACGGCAGAUAAUCAAGCAGAUGCCUCUAGUGAACAGCCAGAGAGUGAAGUAACAUCACUCAGCAAACCACAUAACCUUCUCUUAAGCAUUCUGAAAUCUAUACCGCCUCAUCUCUCUUCUCCUUCCCCGCAUUUACGGCGUUCUCUUCUAACUAUCCUGGCUCGUGGAAUGACUGUUCUCGCAGCAGAUGAAAACAGCUUUUUGCCUUUAAUAAACGAUAUUUGGCCAUCCGUCAGUUCUCGCAUUACACUACCUCCAACUCUUGCAUCAGGCUCCUCUACUUCGUUGACACUAAAUAAUUCCUCGCCAGUGCCGAUGUCAGAGGUACUGAAUGAUCAAGACAUCCAGGAGCAAACAUACGUCAUUGUAGCCUCUUGCAAAGCAAUUGAAGCGAUGUGUGAGGGCGCCGGAGACUUCAUGUCAUCUCGAGUAGAGCAUGAAUUUCAGAAAUGGAAACGAAUAUAUCUACGCUGUUGGGAGCAUGUAAAGCAUGAUGCCGAAGCAGCACUCGAAAGACACCAGCGACACCAGCUGUCAUUGAACACUGACCAGCAAACUCGUGCCUGUGAAGCUAUUUCUCGCCUUGAGCAACUCGAAAUAACGCAGAACCCUUCAGCUGCUGUAUCUACCGUUCCAAAACAUCUUUCAGCUCAAACUUCUAUACAACGCCACCAGCGUUCAUUACUACCAUAUUUUGCCAGCAAAACAUUUUCUCCACACCAUAACAUCUGGCGAGCACUGGUAUAUCUCUUUACAACAGUCUCAUUUCACGUCCGCCUACCACUUGACCUCGGCGAUGAUAUUUGCCAUUGUUUGGGGGAGUGGAUUUCCUGUUUUUACCCAAACCGCUACUUUGACUAUGGCUGGAGAUAUUCUAACCGUUUGAGACGGUCCAUAGAUGACACGUCAACCAAUGAAAUGGAUGUUGAUGAGACUAUUAGAGCAAUGAAUGCGUGGAAUGCCGAUUUAACAUGGUUAAUAUUUGUACGUGGCCGGGGAAAGACCGUCGAAGGCGCAAUGGACAAGGAACUCGAAAUACGGAGGAAAAGGAUGAACGAGAGUUUGUCCAAAGUGUGUCGAGUUAAAAAGGACAACAACAUAGAAACAAAUCGUUUUGUGUUUGCCGAAGCUGCUUUCUGA